AAUUUUAACAACUCAAAAAAUCUCAAAAAAUCUCGAAAAAUCUCGAAACAUGAGAAAAUAUGCAAAAAUAUGCAAAAACAUGCAAAAAUUUAAUUGUACGUGCGAACUGGAGCGUGAUAUGACUGCUGCAGUCAGCUGUCUUCUCAAACGUCUUGUGUCUGACUAGACCGUGCUGUUGCCAUGUCGGUGCGCAGUGCAGUGAACCGGGCACAGAAAAAGGCUCGUGGGGCGCCGCCUAUGUUGCCUGGAGGUAUGAUGCCGCAGAUGUUUGGUGGUCCUAUGAUGCCCCAGAUGUAUGGUGGGAUGAUGCCUCAGCAGAUGUUCCACCCACCUCAGUCUCAGGUGGGGGAAGGUGACACCUACACGUCACAAGAUGAGCAUGAGCAGGUGUCGUCGUCUACUGUCCCGCCCAAGGCUGCAGGCAUUCCUUUGCAGCAGGAGUCGUCUGCUGUAACAGCAGUGGCAGAGCUGCAAGAGGAUGGUGUCCAGCACCACCAGCGUCUACCAGAUGCCUUAAUUUCCCGCUCAGUGACGUAUGUCAAGCAACUUCCACUUAGUAACUUCUGUCGUCUAAGGUUCGUCCUGCACGUGGUGGAUGACAUCAUCGUCAAAUGUGUUCAGUUGUUAGGAUAACUUCUCCCCAAGAAUCACAAUUUGAUGGACCAUGUUGUGUUUGAGGUGUUUUCCCCAAAAAUAGUAACUUUUCUUAAAACAAAAAAUAAAAUGAAAAAAACGUGAAGAAAAAAUGUGAAAAAUGUUUUAAAAUGUGAAAAU